AUGUUGUUUGAGAAACUUAAGAUCUACAACACUCCAGCCAAACUGUUGGAGAAGUUACGGGAAGUUCGCAAGCAACAAGAACAGGAGGAACAAAUGGGAUCCUAAAAUAAGGAGCCAGAAAAAUAGAAGAUCGGUACUACGAAAUAGCCCUUAUCUAGUGCGGCAAACGAGCGUACGGAGUACGUGGACUAGCCUUAAUCAAAAGUCUCCCAUGGUUAAAUCGCAUCUUGACAUUGUGAAAAUGCGAAUGCCAUCUACCAAUACGAAUUCAUGUACUCGGAUUACAGAGAUACCCAUUCGACAGAGGAUGCAGAUGCAUACUGCUCGCUUCAAUGACAACGAGGAACUGAAGGAAAUGCAAUAGAACCUUAGGAUGGAAACGAUGUAUGAUCUUUACCAAGGAGAUCAGAAACUUAUUGAUCAACUAAACGAAGAAGCCUAAGUCCUGUCGCAAAGGCUUGCUACCAAGGAGGAAGCUAGUCCAGUUCGCCCAUUAAAUCGUAAACAUCAUUAACCAAACCAAAUUCAAAGGCCAUAAAGAAGGGGGGCUACGCUCAUAGCGCCUACAAAACUUGAAGAUCUCAAGAAACAAUAGCCUUACCUUUACGAGGAUCGUCUGGAUCAGCCUUACGACGAUUUAUCAGAUCGAGGAAAGUUUCUAAAAAAUUAUAGAUUGGGGAAGUAAGUUACUUUUAUCCUACAUGAAUAGCAAAAACCUACAGAAGAUAAAUCAAAAGGACUUUCGGAGCACUACCAAAAAUUUUAAGAAGCUCGAAGAAUACGCUUAAUUCUAUAAACAGCAACCCAACAUCUACUUGUAAAUGAAUAAGAGCUCUCAAGGUAUUAAUUUCAUAUUGAGUCUCAGUCUACAAUAUCUUUCAAGCUGGCCUCGGCUUGAUCAACUCCAAUUACACCAUCUAAACUGCUGAAUCCCAAGGGAUGCUGAGGAACGAGUCCAAAAUCAGGGUAUUCACAGAAGCUCUCUAAUCUCCUCAAUGUAAAUAGAUUACUCAAUUGAAACUCAGUCACAAUCAAUUAACCUCCCCAAAAAUCAAGAGUUUGGUUGAAAAUUUUCCACAACAAAUUCAGGAUCUGGAUCUCAAUAACAAUGGUUUGGAUUCCAAAUCCUGUGAAACCUUGGCCAAGUACAUGCAGAAAUCCAGAGUGAAGAAGCUCUCCUUGGAAAACAACAAAAUAGGAGAUCUAGGAGCCAAUCAUCUCUUUGUGGCAUUACAAGAUAAUGAUUACUUGACUUUGUUGAAUCUGAGUCGCAACAAUUUGACAGGUAUUUCUACAACCAUUCUAAUUUAGACAAUUGUACUAACGAUCUAGCGAAUUAUUUGAAAAAGUCAAAUGUCCUUUUUGAAUUGUAUCUGCACUUUAAUUCCAUCAACAGCAAGGGAGGUGUCAAUAUAUGGAAAGCCCUUUACAAGAAUUCAAGUGUAAAGGUCUUUGACAUAUCUUACAAUCGAACAGCCUCCUUUGAGUGUGCUCAAUAGAUGGCCAGAGUGAUUGCAAAACCAUAUCCUGAGUUGAUGCACAUUGAUGUGUCGCAUAAUGGUUUUGAUGAGCCAUCUUCUGUUGAAAUCAUGAAGGCAUUAAAUGUAAACCAAAAUAUCUAUGGAUUCCAUUAUGAAGGGAAUUGUCCCAAAUUUGCAGUUGAUGCUACUGGCCAUCUCAGGGACAGGGAAUCGGAAGAAUAAGCAAGACAGAAGAAAAUCGAGGAAUGCAGGAAAAACCCAUAAACUUCACUUAGAUUGUUGGAUGAUGAUGUUGUGGUUUAGCCAAAAAAGACUAUUCACAAGAAAGAGGAGAUUCAGUAGGUUCAUCGAUUUAGAAGGAUAUGGGGAAUGAAACCGGUUAAAUAGAAUUAGUAAUUUGAUAAAUAACGAGAUUCUUGUUGGAUAUGUGAAGGAUGGGAGGAAGUAAAAUUCACUUGGAGUCCAGGGAAAUCAGGUGGUAUGAACAAUGAUCCUAUCUUUUUACAUGUCAAUUUUGAUGGAUAUCGUCCUGUUCUUAUGAAUCCUCAUCAAGGAGAAUAUCAUCUGUAUAGAAUGUGUCCACCCAAUCAAAGGAUUCUGUAUUUCUUCAGUAAUCCAAUACUGGGGAUCCAAACAACUGCAAAAAAUCAGAUGAUCAUGCAAACUCCUUAGAAUGAUCCGAUUGCUCAAGGGUUAUAGGAAUUCCUUUACAAUGGAGACAUCUUAAUUGAAGGUAACAAGAUGACAUUUGUGAACGAAGUAUUCACUGAAGGUAAACAUACAGUGGUUGAUAAAUAUGUUCCUAAGAUAUUCAGUAAACCCAGAGAGGAGGAACGAACUUAUGACUUGACUCAGUACAUGAAUAAAAAGUAGGCGUUUUGGAGUUAUGAAAUUUCAAUCUUCAAAAAUUAUCAACCGGAUAAUGACGAGUUAAUUGAUGAAUGUUUUGAAUACGAUUUUCAGACUUCGAAAAUAAAUAGGAUAGUCCGUGAUCCUCAAGAGUUGAUGGAAGUAAAGGAGAUCUUGAGGGAAUAUUAUCCGUAUAUCUUUGCUAGUUAUAAAUUCUAUGCUUCCACUCUCAUAGGAGCCAGUGUAAAAUAGUUGAUUUAUAUGUGUAGAUUCCUUGCAUAUCAUCAAAUGCCUUCUUCGAUUUUAUUGGGUAAACUACAGUAAUGACAGACAAAUUCAGACCAGGAGACAUUGAUUUGAAUUUCAUCUCGACAUCUAAUGUUAAGGACAUUCAAUAUCCAAAUGUUUAUGAGAAGGCAUUAGUAAGAUACCAAUUUAUGGAAGUGCUCGUAAGGAUUGCUUUGGAUAAGUAUACACGGACGGGAAUAUGUAAAUCAAUGAAAUUAAGUGUCUUGAAAUUAUUUGAGGAUGAUUUGGUUAAGGCCAGAUUGCAAGAGAUUGAUCGAGCUCAGGAUUGGAGAGAUAUGAGAUUGUGGAAUGAGCAGAGUGAUAUGUUAAUAAGUAACUAAGUACACUAAAUAAUUUAGAGGAUCGAUUGCCCAUGCUGAAAUUGUUAUUUAAAUACACAAGCAAGCUGAAUCCCAAGCAGAAAUUCUAUAAACACACCUGGAUUCAAUUCAAGGAUUUCAGAGACCUCAUGCUCAGAUGCGAUUUGUAUUGCGACAUCUUUGUUGAAAGAGAUGCCUAUUUGGCAUAUUUGUUAUCGAUGCAAACUCAAGUAGAUGAGUUAUUUAGUUUGAGACAUUUUCAAAUGGAAUUCUAUGAAUUUAUUGAAGCCUUGUGUAGAUGUGCUGAGAAACUGUCCUUGAUUAGAACCAAGGACAUCUUGAGUAUUGAUGACAGGAGACAGGAACCACUCCAUAAGAAAAUUGAUGCCUUUUUGCUGCUCAUCUAUCUGAGAGCGGGAGAUGCUAUCAAAUAGCAAUUGAAGGAAGCUGAAGAUUUUACUGACUUUGAUAAGUGUAUGACCAGAAAGCAAAAGACCUUAUAAUAAUAAAUAGAGGAGAUGGGGAGUGAGGAAGAAGAUAAACCUUAUAAUCCAGCUAUAGAGGCAUCAGCACUUGAAGAGUAAUUGAAACAAGUGCCAGUCUAAACAAUUCAAACAGGGACUAAAUUAAAGAAAGCCUUGUCCUUCUUCUCGGUUAUCAAGUAGAUGCAGCAAUAGAAGCAGUUGAAAUCAAAUUUCUUAUUGACCAAUGUUGUCUAAUACUUCAAGUAGAAAGAGGAGGAGAUGUUACAAAAUGAGAUGGAAUAAGGAUGA